CUUUCUCUUUAGAAGCUGACGUGUUGUGCCUGGGAGGCGCUCUUCAACAUUACACAAAACGACCUCUCAUUUCGGUCCUUCUUGCGUUCGGAGUGUAACCGGCUAGCAGCUUAUUUGAUUUCCGCGCAAUAUGGCAGGGUAUUUGAAGGUCCUUAGUUCCCUCUCUAGGUCCGCAGCUGCGCUUUCUAAAAACCCCGCCGUGCUCGCACCGGCCUCAACCUGCCAGAAUCUGCAACAAAGAAACUAUGCGGACAAGCGCAUCAAGGUGGCCCAGCCAGUGGUGGAGAUGGACGGGGACGAGAUGACACGCAUCAUCUGGGAGUUCAUCAAGGAGAAGCUCAUUCUCUCCAAUGUCGAUGUGGAGCUCAAGUACUACGACCUGGGUCUCCCGUACCGCGACCAGACCGACGACCAGGUGACCAUCGACUCCGCCAUAGCAACCAAGAAGUAUAACGUUGCGGUCAAAUGUGCCACCAUCACUCCUGAUGAAGCCAGAGUGGAAGAAUUCAAACUGAAGAAGAUGUGGAAAAGCCCCAACGGAACCAUAAGGAACAUCCUGGGAGGCACCGUCUUCCGUGAGCCAAUCAUCUGCAAGAACAUUCCCCGUCUCGUCCCUGGUUGGACGCAGGCCAUCACAAUCGGCAGGCACGCCUUCGGCGACCAGUACAGAGCGACAGACUUUGUGGUGGACCAGCCGGGCAAAUUCAAGAUGAUGUUCGUCCCCUCGGACGGGAGCGCGGGGAAGGAGUGGGAGGUGUACGACUUCCCCGGG